AUGAGUAGCGAAGAGAGAACGGCUCCUCUGAGACGCCGAUCGAUUGUCCCAACUGGUGGAGUCGUGAUUCCGCCCGGCGGAUAUCAGUCGGACAGCGAGGAAUCCGAGUACAGCAUCACGGAUUCCGUGCAUUAUUCGGAUUGGUCCGACAUGGAAGACACGCUGGUCGCGCCGCCAAUCAGACCGCGCGACACCGUCUUUACGGGAACCUACAACGACGAUCCAAACCAUUUGCCGAUCGAAGAUCUCAGCGACUUGCCGCCGGUUCCGCGUCCUCUCUCGGACGGAACUCCAAUUGCUGAGAGCAGGUGAACAUGAAAUUCAAAAAAGUAAUCCAACUUUCACUCUACGCACAAGGAUGUUCGAUGCGCUCGCUUAUCUUUGCUUCUCGCCAACUAUUAUACGUGCCUUUCGUGAAAGAGAGUGCUAAUUGGAAAAUGACCGAGAAUGAGACGAGAGAAUGCGAUAAGACUGACGCUUUUUGAACCGUGGAACGUGAUGAAAGAAAAUGCAUUGGGACUGAACCACCUAUUGAAUCAUUAUUGAACUUUUCAGCCAUCCGAUUCCAUACGUCACCUACGGAGACUACCGCAUCUUCUUCGACAUGGAAAUUGACGGAAACUUUGUCGGUCGCGUCAUCAUUAGUUUUACGGAUCGAUACCCGAGAUGUCGCAAUCACCUCGGAAAGCUGUGCGCGGAAGAGUAUCCGCAACACGGACGGCUCAUGAUGCGCUACACAGGAACGAGAUUCCACCGUUGUGUUCCGGGAAAGUUCUUGGAGGUACAACAAUUGGCCGAUAAUUAGUUGUUUAAACGAAUUUCUUAUCAGGGCGGAGUUCUCCAUCCGUUGGUUCCGGAGCUCACUCCAUCGGUUUACGAGGAUCGGGAAGUCGAGAACCCACAGUUCUACGGCAAAUACAUCAUGGUCGCCAAUAUGGCCGUGAGUGAAAAUUAGAAAAAAUCCCUCCGUUACUGAACACAUUUUCAGAUUGAUGAUCCAUACGGAGGCGGUCGCUUCUUCAUCACAACUUCGGACACCGUCAAGCAUUGCGACACGAGAAUGGUGCCACUCGGAGUAGUAUGUUCCCCCUCCCCGUUCCUCAAAUGUUCAGUUGUCAUGCUUUGUAUUCAGGUCGUGUCGGGACGGGAAGUCGUCGACAAAAUGGCCACAGUCGAGUUCGAUCCGGUGACUGGAAACUUCCGUCAAGCGAUCACCAUCUCGCACUGUGGCGCCAUAAAGCCAACGAACGAUGAAAUGUGAGUUGUGCCAUAGGUGUGACCUUUAUCACAAACAAGAAAUUUCAGCUGUGCUCCGGGUCGCUUUGAGAAGAAGAGGGACACGGUGUCGAACUCGUUCCUUACCAAGCUCUACAACAGAAGGGAGAUUCCGAGAGUGAAGGCCGCCGUCGUGAACAGCGAUAGCCCGAACGGAGAGUCUUCGUCGAGAAAGAGGGCGAGAAAGAACCGCAGACGAGCUGUAAGUGGUUCCAGAAAGUUUCCACCCGGCUACAUCGUUUGAGUAUUAUAUGAAGAAUAAUUGUGCACAGCAUUUUCUUCAAAAGUUGAAGCCGCCAUACAAAAUUGAAAAACCGAAUCGGUCCACGACAAGCCUGAAAGAAUAGAAUAUGUUUCACUUCCGAUUGGGGCCGCAUGUGUGGUCCGUGUGGAUGGCAUUUCAAUUGUCCCGUUCUUCUUUUGUGCACCCCCAAAUUAAAACACAGCGACAUGUUUCAAAUGGCACGUCUCCGUUUCCGCACUAGUAGAGCGUAUCCGCAUUUCAAACGAAAAGCGUUCUUUGCUUUAUGAAGUGAUAAUUAUGACAUCAACUAGGUUAUACAAUGAAAUGAUUCUGAAUUCAAAAAAUGAAACGUAGUUUCAGGCGAACCGUCAAUCCACCAACUAA